AUGUCUUUCCGUACUCUUGCUUCCGCUCCAGCUACUGCCUUAACCAACGCUAGAGCCGUUGCCCAACGUACGCAUAACCGUUUUAUUCAAUCUAUUUAUAGGAGAUUCAACGAAGUCUCCAGUAGUCUUGGAUCCUGGUUCAGGCCAGAUUCCUUAUUAUCCUUAGAUGGAUACAUUGUUCCCCGGUUGCUGGAUCCAGCCGGGUUACAGUUCAUGAGACAGGCAGAAAUGAUGUUCCUCAUGCCGGGUUUUAACAUUGACGAAACCCUGUUUACAUCUACUACUGAUCUCGAAGAACAUAGAGCACCUUCUGUUCCGGUUCAGGAAACAUCCAAGAACGUCAAGGAACCUGCUCAGAGCCUUAAACUUCUUACCUGGGAAGAACCAGAAGUUCCAAAGGCUGACGUGGCUUCAGAAUGGCAGACUGUCAAGCCCAGACGUCAAAAGAGGAAGGUCGAAGGUUCGCCUUUGCCCAGUCCUACAAUUAUUCCCAGCACUCUUCAGAAUUUGACGAAGAAGCAGAACAUGAAGCAGCAGAAGAUGAAGCAGCAGGUUGACAAGUUGGAAGAGCCGGAGGAUCCAAUUGUCGAUACCAGCAAUCGCAAGAUGGUGAACAUCUAUAAUUGUCUUCUGAAGUUGACCAUGGAGGAAGAGAUGAAGGUGGAGGAGGAGGAGAAGUUGAUGAAGGAGAAAGAGAAGAAGAUGAAGGAGGAGGAAGUCAAGGUGGAGGUGAAGAUGGAGGAGAAGGUGAAGCAGAAGAAGAAAAAGAAGAAUGUUGAGAAGUUUGUUGAGUUGGAAGAGCCUAUCUUCGAUACUAGCAAGCAGAAGAAGUUGACGAAGCAGGAGAAGAUGAAGCAACAGAAGGUGAAGCAGAUGAUGGAGAAGCUUAAGGAGUUGGAAGAGGAGGAAGAGGAUCUGAUUUUCGACACCAGUAACCGUAAGAAGGUGAACAUCUACGAAUGUCUUCGGGUUUGA